AUGUGCUAUGAAGAUUCUCCUAGAGCUUCAGGAGCAACGCGGAAAGGGGAAAACGGGCGUAUAUCGUCCGAGUUGUAUUUUAUGGUGCGACGGUUUGAGCACCGCUGGAAAGAUCACGUCACAGAAUGCAAGGCUGCGGCAGAUCUGGCAAAGUUGGCUGAAGAUAGCGCAGAGAUAUAUCUCGCUCAGGUGGACCAAGUUUGGAUCGAGGAACAACUACAAAGUACGGCUUCAGAAAUCACAAAGCUUCAUUUCAUGAAUUUGAGCUUAAAAAAUGAUUUGAGAGCUAUUCGUGAGCGGGAGAGCGAUCUAAAGGCAACAUUUGAAAAUCUAAAGCACGAUGUAGCCGAGAUGACCCAACUUCUUCACGGUUCAGGUAUCCCGCGACGUCGCCGUUUUGAGUAG